GCAAAAUGGAACUGGAUUUUGGAAAUCUUGAAUUGGGUGUUUUGUUCCUAGUAAAAGUUAAUUCAGUAGACGCCAAAAUGAUGUUGUUGGCGUUGUUUUGCUUACUGUUCGCGGUUGCCAAAUGUUCGCCGAUUGUAAGAAUGACCGGUGGAACCAAUGCAACCGAAGGGCAGUUUCCUUUUAUGGUCUCUAUCAGAAAUGGUUAUGGCACCUAUCAUUUGUGCGGUGGCACUAUUCUAGAUAAGAGGUGGAUCCUAACAGCUGCGCACUGUAUGGAUGACUACGGACUAUGGUCAGUGAGAUAUGGUACAAUUGAAUUAGAUGAAGGAGGUAUGGAAGAGGAAAGGAAUAUUAGAAUCAUGAACAAAUUUGUCCAUCCGGGAUUUAUUAACGAUUACAAUGAAAAUGGCGAUUGGGUUACCGAACAUGAUAUAGCGCUCGUUCAGCUUGUAGAAAGUUUACCAUUCGGUCCGACAGUGCAACCGAUCGAAUUACCGGAACAAGACGCUCUUAUACCCUUUAACAAAACCGGAGUCCUUGUCGGCUGGGGACAUACGGAUUUGUUCGAUGAACCUUCUGUUCUUCAAUACGCCAAAUUGACAAUCUUCGAUCAAGAUUACUGUUACAGUAAGUUGGGAUUUCCCUAUAACUACGAACAGAAUUUAUGCGCGGGAACUCCAACAAAUGACGCCAGUCAGUGUUCUGGUGAUAGUGGAGGUCCAUUGGUUGCUGACGCAGUCCAGGUGGGAGUGGUCUCCUGGUCCUUAAGCGGGUGCGGUAGAGGACCCGGUGCAAUGACUCGCGUUUCUAUCCACAGGGACUGGAUAAGAAAUGUCACCGGAAUUUAAAUACGCUGAGAAUAAAUUACGUA